ACGCCCGCCGGCGGGGCAGACUUGCGCGGCGACAUGGGGCGUGCGGCGGCGGCGCUGGCGGCGGUGGUGGCGGUGCUGGCUGGGCGGCUGGCGGGCUUCAACGUGGACACGACCUACCCCCUGGUGUGGGAGUCCCACCAGAGGGCCAGCUACUUCGGCUACACGGUGGCCCUGCGGGACCUGGGCGGCGGCGACUUCAGGGUGGUGGUGGGAGCACCCAGAGCCAACUCCUCGUACGAGAGCCAUGCACAGUUGCAGGAGCCGGGGGCCGUGUAUCAGUGCAGUGUCCAGGAAACUACGUGCGAGCAGCUGACCCUCAGCUUGUCAGGAAAUACGAUUCACAACCUAGAAACAGGCUUCAGCUACACGGACAGAAAAGACUACAGUUGGCUCGGAGGGUCUAUCGCUGUUCGACAGACUCCCCGCAGUCCUCUGUUGGUAUGUGCCCCACGCUGGAAAAACAGUAUUUACAAAAAUUUCUUCUUCAUGAAUGGCAUGUGUUACUGGUUACCUGCAGACUCAGAACCAACUUCAAAUGCUCGAAUUGUCUAUCCAUUAAGUGGCAAUUAUCACGACUACCCAGGAAAAAACAAGACAAAAGUGUAUUAUUUUGCAUAUGGGGAGGCUGGAUUUUCAACGCAUCUCACUGAGAAUGGCGAAGACAUGUUGAUUGGAGCUCCAGGGAUAUUGGAUUGGGCAGGAAGCAUUGCUUUCUACCGUAGCUCAAAGAAGAAUGUGACAGAGCUGAGAAUUCCCAACCCAGUCCACACGUCUGAACAGGAAUCUAAUGACUAUUUUGGCUAUGCUGUCAGCUCUGGCAAGUUCUUCAAAAAGCCAGCGGAUGCAUCAGGAACUCUGUACGUGAGCGGGGCGCCGCGGGCGGGCAAUCUCCGUGGGAAGGUGUUUGUGUUCGCCCUGCCGGCCCGGGAGAGCCGCCCCCUGGACGUGCGGGUGGAGAAGGUGGGGGAGCAGCUGGGAGAGUACUUCGGGGCGUCGCUGUGCGUUGCGGACCUGGACGGCGACGGCCUCGACGACCUCCUGGUGGGAGCCCCCCACUACUCGCUGAGGGAGCCCGGCGGGACGGCGUGGGACGAGGGCCGGGUUUACGUCUUCCUCAGCCAGGACCAGGGACGAAUGAAGGAAGUUACGGCAGAGAAUAAAAUAGUGGGUGAUGGAAUCCAUGGAGCCAAUUUUGGGACUAGCAUUGCGUCUUUGGGAGACAUUAAUGGAGAUGGUUAUGCAGAUGUUGCAAUCGGAGCCCCAUAUGGUGGUGGGGAUGGAAGAGGAGCAGUCUAUAUCUACCACGGACAUAGAGAUGGAAUUAACACCAAGUACAGUCAGCGCAUAUUGGGCUCUGACAUCAAACCGACAGUCUGGGGUUUUGGAAUAAGCAUUUCAAAUGGAAUGGAUAUAGAUGACAAUAAUUACAAUGACUUGGCCGUGGGUGCCUACGCGUCGGGGCUUGCCGCCGUGCUGAGGACCCGCCCCGUGGCUGCCCUCAGCGCCGAGCUGACCGCGGACGUGAACAGGAUCAGCAUCAACGCGACCAGCUUCCAGGUGGCGUCCUGCCUCGGCUACACCGGCCGGUUCGUGCCCUUCGCCGUAGAGGUGAAUUGCACGAUGAUGGUGGAUUCACUUCUGUCCAUCGCCUACUUCUCUGACUCCAGCGACCCUGCACAAGAGUUCAAGACUCACACUGAAAACAUCCUCGUGUACAGCGGCGUCCCAAGUUGCAAAAAUUACACCAUCAACUUGAAGCCUGGUAAGAAAGACUUCUCGAAACCCAUCGAUGUUAAACUUGACUACUCACUAAUAGAGGAUGAUAUCACGCCCACCAGGAAAAGGAGAAACAGCUAUGAAGACUUCUGCAAGUCUUGUCCUGUGCUGGACCCCAGCCAGCCGACCUCCGCCAUGCUGCGAGUCCCUUUCGCAACCGGUUGUGGGGAAGAAGACAUUUGUCGCACGGACCUGAGAUUGUACACGGAUCUCGUCAGUGCCACAGUGCCGCUGGUGCUGGGCAACCAGAGCGCGGUUGCGCUGGUCAUCGCGGUGGAGAACCUAUUGGACCCGGCGUUCCUCGCCCACGUCGUCAUCGAGGCGCCGUGGCUGCUGGCCCUCAUCAGGAUGCCGUCCUCGUGCCGCGAGGACUCCUCCGCGUCGCUGCUGCGCCUCGACUGCGAUCUCGGCAACCCCCUCACCUCCCGCGCCGGUCUGAGGAAUGUAACUGUGGAGUUGGACGUAACAAACGUUCCCGGGAACACUACGGAGUUGGUGUUCAACGUGACAGCAGCUAGUGCGGGUCAAGAGCAGUUGCCUAGUGACAAUGGCAAAGUUCUGAAGCUGAAAGUCAGCACUUUCUCCGAUGUAAGGAUAAUAGGGACAUCCAACCAAGAGACAGUUUACUUCAGUAAAGCAGAUGACAGUGAUGAUGAGGAAAUGACAGUUGUACACUCUUAUGAGGUGAGGAACUACGGCCCCAGCAAAGUUGAAUCUGUGCGCCUCGAGUUUAGGGUUCCUGUUGCAAUGUUGGUUGCUGGGAAGACCAUAAUCUUCAACAAGUUGUACCCACCAAAGGCGUCGCUGGGCGGGCAGCCCUUCUUCUGCUCGGGUGCUGGCUACGAGUUCGCGGUAGACAAGCGCGGUUGGGGCGACGCGGAGUCAGAAGCGCCCGAUGGGGACGUCAGCCUGGCGACGCUUGCCCGCAGACGACGCUCCGCGCGGGAUGAUGCCCGAGAAGGCGAGGGAUCGUUGGCCAACGGAACGCUGCUCGUGAACUGUAGCCAGGAGCACACCGUGUGUGCCACUGUUGCAUGCGACAACGUGGGCCCGUUCCCGUCCGUGCAGAGCAGCGCGCCGGUGCAGCUGUCCAUGAGUUUGCAGAUACGUGACCUAGUACACAUUUUGGGCAAGAGAAAUGUCUUAUUGCUGUCAACUUCUGGUAGCAUCUUGAAUCAAAUCCCACCUAACACCUUAGAAAUGAUACCUUCUAAAAGCUCCUCAGAGAGGACGGUGUUGACCGUGCUGAUAGCUGAGGCCCCCAGCCCGGGCGUGAAGUGGUGGGUGCUGACGCUGGCGAUAGUUGUGGGUGUUCUGCUGCUGCUGCUACUGACGCUGGGACUGGUCAAGCUAGGAUUCUUUCGUCGAAGUAAAAAAGAAGAGCUGGAGCAUUUGAAAAACGAGAUGGAGGUUCAGUACGAUGAAAAUGACGCUGACGCAGACCAAGCCCUCUGAUGACAUCGGUCUUCACGUGUAGCGACUUAUCUGCAAGAGUGAUAACUUCUCUGUAUCACUUAAUGGACACUUGCAAUCAGGUGCGAACACAGGGGAGAAAUGUUGGUUUUCCUACGACGGUUGUGAUAGACUGGCAACGUGAAGUCUGGUGUAGUGUCCUACGCUACCUACAGCUGAUAUACUUAAGAUCUUUUCUUAUUGUGACUGUGAAUAACAAAAAAUAUAUUUCUAUAUUUGUUGCAUUGUGAAUACAGAUACAUUUGUGCAGUAUUGUAA